AUACAUACCUCGCCGCGGUGUUUUGGUGUAUUCUGGAGUGUUUUGAAGAGGUUAGAAAACGUGUGCAUUCGCUUUUAGGAAGGACCGAAGAGAGAAAAAAAAGGAAAAUAAAAGAAAAAAAUAGGAACAAUUCUUGAUACUGACUGGCAUACUCACGGAUGAAUUUUACAAUUUAUUCUAUAAUUAUAAUAUUGUAAAACUUUUUCUGGCACAGAAAGCAGACGCGCAGCUCUUAUGCCGCAAUCACCACGAGGAAGAAGAAAAAAAGAAAGCUUUUUCUACAGUUAAUAUUUUAUACGGUAGAAUAAAUGACGCUGUUUUAUAAGCUGUAUCAACCACUACGGUCCUGUUCGUACAAAUUUUACAGCAAUGCAUAUGUUUUAUCAAGGCAAAUCAAUACUACUGGAAAAGUUAUUUCUUUAGAAGACCUAAUCACGAAAAAUGCAGAUACAUAUGAGAAAAUAACAGGAAAUUUAUCAACUACAGAAUGGAAAAACAUACGAGAGAAAAUUCUUCAAAAAAAUGAAGAAGUCACGCCGACCACUGUAGAUUCCAUAAUCAUAGAUAUGUGUAUUAAAGAUGCCCAAAUGGAUAACGCUAUUGCAUAUUUCAAAUUCUUGAGGGAAAAUAAUUAUUCCUUGAAUAUGGCAGUGAUUGGAAAAUAUCUCAAACUCUAUGUUUUGAAAAAAAACUCAUUGACCAAUGCGGAUAAAACAGAAAUUGUAGAAACUUAUGACGCUUUGAGGCAGAAGCAUCCGUAUUUGGAUUCCUUUACAGCCCAAGACUGCAUAAUGAGCUUAUGUCUGACAGAUGAAUGGGAGAAAACGCAUGAAAUAAUAGAAAUGUUGAAGAUUACCUCCACUCCAGGCACUGCUAUAUAUUCUACAUUAGCUGAUGCAGCGUUUAGAAAUGAAAAACCUGACAUUGCAUGGAAAGCACUAUCAGAUAUAAUGUCGCGCAAGUUGAUUCCACAGAAUAAUGUGUAUAUAUCGCAUCUACAAUAUUGCCAGCUGAAAGAUGAACAAUUUUUCAACAAUAAAAUGGAAGAAAUGUUUCAUUUCUGGGUUAAACACAACAUAAUGCCAGAUAAUAAAAUUAUAAGUACAUAUGCUGAUACAGCUAGCAAAUAUGGCUGGUCCACAGAACUCGUAACGAUCCCUAAAAAAACGGGGAAUUGUAAACAUUGCGGAUAUUCCUUGUCCAAAAUAACAUUUAGUGAAAAGGAAUUUGAGGAACUUGCAACGUCCAUCAUGGACAAGGUGAUCAUAGGAUCGGAUAUCUACAAUAAGUCUAAUCCAAAAGAGUUGUUGAAGUUUAAGAAAUUUAUUGAAGAUACUAAACCUUACGACAUAGUGAUUGAUGGACUUAAUCUAACUUAUAUCAAUAUGAAACUUCCUGCACCCAAAUUAUUAACGCUAACCAAUGUGGUCGAUCAUUUCAAAAAAUGUGGAAAAAAGAUACUCGUAUUGACGCGGAAACAUCAAAGAAAGCUAUCUGCUUUUAGGCACAUAGAACGGAAUACAUUCGUCUUCGUAGUAGACAAUUUAUCUGCUGAUGAUCCGUACCUGCUUUAUGCAACCAUGGCGAGUGGGAUGAAUGCAAUGUUUAUCUCACUGGACUUGAUGCGACAGCAUAAGUAUUCUUUGCAAGAUGACAUCUUACGACAAAGAUUUACGAAAUGGCAAUAUUCGCAUCAGUACUUCGUCAAGAAAAGUAUAACCGGCAUUCGUAUCCAAGAGCCUUUUGCCUAUAUGCCGACUGUACAAAAGAAUAACAAUUGUUGGCACAUGCCAUAUGUUACAUCUGAUAACGAGAAUAUUAAUACACAAUCGUAUUUUGAAUUCCCAGAUAAAUGGUACUGUUUCAAACAUAAGAGAAAAUAAAAGAAAUAGAACUUUAA